UCAGGAAGGCUGUGUAUUAGUGAAGGAGCAGUCACCGGCGCGCUGCUCUGCACUUACAGUCAGUCAAUGGAGCGGCGUGGAUUAUUAUUAUCAUCAAUACCGACAUCAUCGAGUCCGUGCUUCAGGUUGUAGCAAGAGAUUGCGAGCUAGUUGUUUUUUCUUUUCUUUUUUUAAAGAAGGCACUUUAAGGUCCUGUGGGGUAUCCUCAGUGGUGAAAAAUGUCAGUAGUGGGAUUCGAUGUGGGUUUUCAGAACUGUUACGUAGCUGUGGCCAGAGGCGGUGGAAUAGAGACCAUCGCUAACGAGUACAGCGACAGAUGCACACCGGCCUUUGUAUCUUUUGGACCUCGGAAUCGGGCGAUAGGCGCAGCCGCAAAGAGCCAGGUGGUCACAAACUGCAAGAAUACCGUCCAAGGCUUUAAGCGAUUCCAUGGCAGGGCGUUCACUGAUCCGUAUGUCCAGUCAGCAAAGUCCAACCUGGUCUACGAUCUCGCUCAGAUGCCCUCAGGGACCACCGGCAUCAAGGUCAUGUACAUGGAGGAAGAGAAGGUGUUCAGUAUUGAGCAGGUCACCGCUAUGCUUCUGACCAAACUGAAGGAGACAGCUGAGGCUGCGCUCAAGAAGCCAGUGGCAGACUGCGUCAUUUCUGUUCCCAGCUUCUUCACUGAUGCUGAGAGAAGGUCGGUUAUGGAUGCUGCGCAGAUUGCUGGCCUUAACUGCCUGCGACUCAUGAACGAGACCACUGCAGUUGCCCUGGCAUAUGGCAUUUACAAGCAGGAUCUGCCUGCCCCUGAGGAGAAACCCAGGACUGUCGUGUUUGUGGAUGUUGGUCAUGCUGGCUAUCAGGUUUCUGUUUGUGCCUUUAACAAGGGGAAGUUAAAGGUCCUGGCCUCUGCAUUUGACAGCGAGCUGGGUGGUAAAGGCUUUGAUGAGAUACUUGUUCAGCAUUUCUGCAACGAGUUUGCCAAGAAGUACAAACUAGACGUUCGUUCGAAGCCUCGCGCUCUGGUGCGCCUCUACCAGGAGUGUGAGAAGCUGAAAAAGCUCAUGAGCGCCAACUCCUCCGACCUGCCGCUCAACAUCGAAUGCUUCAUGAAUGACAUCGACGUUAGUAGCAAACUCAACAGAGGCGAGUUUGAGGAGAUGUGUGCGGCGCUGCUGGCUAAAGUGGAGGGACCCCUGCGCAGCGUGCUCGAACAAACCAAGCUAAAGAAAGAGGACAUUUAUGCAGUGGAGAUUAUAGGCGGUGCCUCUCGGAUCCCCGCCAUCAAAGAGCGAGUCAGCAAAUUCUUCGGGAAGGAGCUGAACACGACGCUAAAUGCAGACGAGGCAGUGGCCAGAGGCUGUGCACUGCAGUGUGCGAUCCUGUCUCCUGCCUUCAAAGUGCGAGAGUUUUCCAUCACAGACGUGGUUCCGUAUCCCAUCUCUCUGAAAUGGAAUUCAGCAGCCGAGGAAGGCUUAAGUGAUUGUGAGGUAUUCCCUAAAAACCAUCCGUCACCUUUCUCUAAAGUGUUAACCUUCUACCGCAAGGAGCCUUUCUCCCUGGAGGCCUACUACAACAAUCCGAAGGAGCUGCCGUAUCCCGAUCCUACCAUUGGUCAGUUCACUGUCCAGAAGGUGUUGCCCCAGGCAUCAGGCGAGUGUUCUAAAGUGAAGGUGAAGGUGCGUGUCAACGUGCAUGGCAUGUUCAGCGUGUCCAGUGCCUCCCUGGUUGAAGUGCUAAAAGCUGGAGAGGGAGAAGAGCCCAUGGACACGGAGACUGCUGCAAAAGAGGAAGAGAACAAGAUGCAGGUGGACCAAGAGGAGCAGAAAAACCAGAGCGAUGGGCCGAAAGAGAACGUAGAUAAGAAAUCUGACACUGAGGACAUGGAGACUGAGGAAAACAAGCAGGAAAAGAAGAACAACCAGCCUCCACAAGCCAAGAAACCCAAAGUGAAGACAAAGACUGUAGACCUGCCGAUUGAGAACAGCCUGCACUGGCAGCUCACUAACGAGCUGCUCAAUCUGUUUGUGGAGAAUGAGGGGAAGAUGAUCAUGCAGGACAAACUGGAGAAGGAGAGGAACGACGCUAAGAACGGUGUUGAGGAGUACGUAUAUGAGAUGAGGGACAAACUGCAUGGAGUGCUGGAGAAGUUUGUCAGUGAGGAAGAUCGAGAUGCUUUCAGUCUAAAACUUGAAGACACAGAAAACUGGCUGUAUGAAGAAGGAGAAGACCAACAAAAGCAGGUGUACAUUGAUAAACUGGCAGAACUGAAGAAACUCGGACAGCCCAUCCAGGAGCGAGCGAUGGAGGCAGAAGAGAGACCAAGAGCCUUCGACGAGCUCGGGAAGCAAAUCCAAAAGUACAUGAAGAUUUUAGAAGCAUACAAAGCAAAGGACGAGCAGUAUGAUCACCUGGACGAGUUGGAGGUGAUGAAGGUGGACAAGCAGGUGAACGAGGCCAUGAACUGGAUGAACAGCAAAAUGAAUGAACAGAGCAAACAGAGUCUGACGCUAGAUGCUGUUAUUAAAGCCAGUGAGAUUCAAGCCAAAACCAAGGAGCUGUCCUCCACCUGCAACCCCAUCAUCUCAAAACCCAAACCCAAAGUUGAACCACCGAAGGAGGAAAAGACGCCCGAACAGAACGGCCCGGUUAACGGACAGGAGGGCUCAGAGGCCCGGACCAGCAGCCCUAACAAAGACCAACCGGCUCCGGAAUCUACAGAGGCCAAGCUGCCGGAAAUGGACAUCGACUAACUCUUCAUCCACUCCAGUGUUCUCUCGGCUCGCUUCCAGUUCAUCACUGAAACAAGCUAGCUUCCGUUAGUUUUGCUUUCAGAAGGCAGCGUGAAUCCUUCCUGAACUCGUCGUGUAUGGCUUCCUUUUCUUUCUUUUUUUUGUUUUGCUGUAUAAAGUAAGGUUUCACAUUUGUUGGUCUUUUUCACAUUAAAGAAAGCUGAGAUUGAAGAUGGGGAUUUGGGUUCUGUGUCACUUUAACAUGUUCAUGCUUAUUAUUGGGGUGUUCGAGUUACACAGGUGGUGAGGAAGAUGUCAGACUGAGAAACUGCACACGUUUUAACUUGAUGGGAUUUUUAUUUUUGAGAAUUAUCCUUUACUUUUAGUUUUGCAUUGUUUGUUUAAAAUUUGUCAUGUCACUUGACUUCUUUCACAUCUGCGAAUCACAAUGAAGUAUAUAAGCACUGAAAAGGAAUUUAAAAAAUAAAUAAAAAAUAUCAGUGAUGUAGAAAGGCCUGCUGUAUGUUGAAGCAGAUCUGUUCCUGUUCGCCGUAUUUCACUGUUUCACUGAUGCAUCACUUCAUGGCUGAGCUUUCUGUGUGUAUGGUUGCUUUCUUGGGUUCCCAGGAGGUUUUUUUAUGGAGUGUUUAACGCCCAGUACGAAUAGUUGAGACCAACUUUUCCAUGUCAACAAGAAUCAAAUUCAUUUUUGGUACACUGAUACAGAAGCUGUUUGAAAUGUGAUUCAUUUGGAUGUAAAAUCUUCUGCAAACCCUGUACAAGGUGCUACGAUCUCAUCAUCCCUUCAUGUUCUUUCAGAGGAAAAGCAAAAAGGUUGUAUAUAAUGAUUUGGUUUGCAGAAUAUUUAUGCUUUCCGUUUUGCUGAGAUGUAAUAAAGGACUUGUAAGGAUUA